AAUACGGUGUCAACACUCUUGACUACUUCUACCCGAAGAAUGCCCACUCGACUUUCCAGGCCCUGGCUGACGAUAAGCCAAAACCUCCCUGUUUGUCGGUCCUGUCGGUUUGAUCGCCAUGGCCCCUGCGCGUGUUGUUAAAGUGGCUGCUGUGCAGGCAGCUACCGUAUCCUUCAACCUCAACAAGAGCUUAGAGAAGCUAGAGAAGCUAGUCGCGGAGGCAGCGGCAGCAGGGGUUGAUCUUAUUGUCUUUCCAGAAGCGUUUUUGUCUGGAUACGCAUGGCGUUACGCGUUUGAUGCCACAAUUGGUGCUCGAGAGCCACGGGGCAGAGAGUGGUAUGCGAAAUAUUACGAGUCAGCUGUAGCUGUGCCCUCCCCCGCGGUUGACAUCAUCUCGAAGUCAGCCAAGUCGCACGGUGUUUAUAUCCAGGUCGGAAUUAUUGAGAAGGACGGGGGCACGCUGUACUGCACGGCGCUAUUGGUUGGCAGAGAAGGCUCCGUGCUGUUGAAGCAUCGAAAAUUGAUCCCUACAGCGGCAGAGCGCCUGGUAUGGGGCAACGGGGCGGGAGACGGGCUCCAGGUCGUAGAGACUGAUAUCGGCAAGAUUGGAACGCUGAUAUGUUGGGAGAAUUAUAUGCCGGCUGCCAGAUUGGCUCUGUACCAGCAAGGCGUCGAAAUUUAUCUCGCGCCAACCGCAGACGACUUGCCCGCGUGGAUUGCGUCGAUGCAGCACAUCGCUAAGGAGGGACGGUGCUUCGUUGUCUCGGUCAACCAGGUAUCCAGAGUCUCGGAUUUCCCUCCAGAUUACCCGCCAUUCACGCCCGAGCAUCACGACCGGAAACCGGACGGUUCGAAGUGGGAGCCCAACGACGUGGUAAACCGCGGAGGGUCCUUCAUCGUGGGGCCGCUAGGGAUUCCCCUGACCGAGCCAGUGUGGGACAAGGAGGCAAUCAUCUACGCAGAUCUCAGAAUGGCCGAAGUGACAGAGUCAAGGCUCGACUUCGACCCGGUUGGUAGUUACUCCCGUCCCGAUAUAUUCCAUUUGACGGUAAACACCAAGCCGGGGGCAAGUGUCAGCUUUACAAAAUAGGUAGAGGGCUGCAGUAGCAGGUGUGACAGGGGAGCCGUGAUGGAUGGAUCGGGACGAGAAACGUGGUAGAAUGUAUGUAGUGCAAGGUCACGGCUGGACCGAUAGG